AUGGACAGCCCAGUAGCCCAGGAAAUAGAUUGUUGUAUACCUUGUCAAGCAGUCUCCAAGAAAACACGUUAUGUGCCUUUACAGUCAACACAGAUUCCACCAAAAGUUUGGCAAACCAUAAACAUGGACUACCUAGGACCAUUUCCGGACGGAAAGUAUGCACUAGCAAUGAUCGAUCAACGUUCGAGAUACCCGCUUGUAUCAAUCACACCAAGUACAUCUGCAAAAAAUCUCAUCUCAAUUCUAAACACAGCCUUUACAAAGUUUGGUUAUCCAGAAACAAUAAUUACUGACAAUGGACCACUUUUUUGGUCGAAUGAAAUCAAACAAUACAUGAAAAUAAAUAAAAGGGAUCAAACAUAG